AUGGAUGAUAUGGAGAUCUAUAACAGGCUGGCGACCAUUCCACAAGAAAUCGAAGCCGCGGAAAACGCAAAGCUCCACUGGGAGGAAAUGCUGGGCUUGUUCUGGGAGCACCCGCCUGCUCUGGACCCGGAAUUUGUGGGUGCAAGGAUGCAAGUCUUACGGGACCGCAUUCGCGGCCUGCAACAAAGGAUUUCUGGUCUCCUGCAGGAGCGGAACUACCUAAUUGUGUGUACUAUCGAACACGCUCUCCAGCGCCAGGGAGACUAG